UUGCUAUAUAAUUUGAUACAAUAAUGAAAAGGAUAGUUAACAAAAACUAUAUGUACGAUUUAGAAUUACAAUCGCUACAUUAUUGGUUUAAAAACACUGCAUCACAAAACCCUUUAAACAAAUAUAACAAUGUGUUAAAAAUCAUGCAAAAUACAAUUUACAAAAAUGAUGUAUCAGGUGUUACAGGUACUGAUAUCCAAGACUGUAAAAACAUUAUUCAGAGAUCACAUAUUAAUUUUCAUAAUAGAAGGAUUUUGAGAAAUGUUUUUGAACAUUGGAAAAUUUAUGUUAUUCAUAAAUUACAUACAAGAAGAGACAUGUAUAAAGCAAACUAUUAUUAUAACAAAAAGUUACAGAAAAUGGUGUUAAAUAUAUUAUCAAAAAAUGUAUUAUUAAAAUGGCAGCACAUUGUUUUAUCUACAAAUAAUUACUCUAAUAAUAUUGCACCUUCUGUAAAUUACAUGAAAGCAGAGAAACAUUAUACUAAAACUUUGUUAAAGCAAUAUUUUACAUUCUGGCUUAAGUAUAUUUCAAUCAAAAAUAGAAAGAAAAUAUUAUUAGAGAAAGCUGUUACAUUGUAUAAUAUACAUUUCUUGAAGAAAUGUAUUUUUAAUUGGAAAAUAUAUGUAAUGCAACAGAGACAAAAGAAAGCAAUGCAGGAUAGAGCAUAUAAAUUUUAUACCAAAGGUAUCUUAAAAAAAUAUAUGGCAGCUUGGAUUAGUUUCUGUGAAUUCACAUCAUUGAAAGAUAAAAUAAAUAAUGCAAUUGUGUUUCAUAAUAAUAAAUUAUUAUUAAGAUACUUUUGUGCUUGGAAGAGAUAUUACAAAAUUAAACUACAAAAAUUAAAUAUUGAAGAAUAUAUUCAAACAUAUUAUAAAAAGAAAUUAUUGAAACAAUAUUUCAAACAAUUCAUUAUGAAUGUAAAUGAAUCUAUUGCUGAUAAAAUGGCACAAGAAAAUGCCAUAACAUUUUACAAUUUUAAACUAAUGCAAAAGGCAUUUACUGCGUGGCAAUGUUGGUACAAUAAAAGGAUAGAAAAUGCUGUAAGAAUAUGUAAAAUUCAAAGCAUAUUUGAAAGUAAAAAAAAACUUCAAGUAUUGAGCAAUUGGCGUUUAUAUGUAUUUACAAAGAAAUGCAAAAGAAGAAAAGUAUUUAUGUCACAGAACUUCUAUAAAAAGAAUUUAGCUAUUAAAGUUGUAAGAAAACUUCAUAGUUAUGCUAUUUAUAAAAAGGAGAAACGAAUUAAAUUGCAUUAUUUAGAUGAUAAAAGUAAAAAUAUUAUUCAGAAACUGCAAUAUAUUUACAUAGAAAGAUGGAGGCUAGCGCUUUGUGCUGCUGUACAAGAGAAGCAAAAAUUAAGUCAAGCUAUGCAAUUUUGUGAAUUAAAUUUAACUCGUAAAUAUUUCUUCCAUUGGAAAGAUUUUUCUCAGCAAUAUAAAAUAAAAAUGCUUCAUAAACAGAAUUUGUAUGCAGUAGCUACAGGUUUUCUGUUGAAAAAAUUUAUUCUUCGUUGGCAUGAUAAAUUGAAAGAUGUUCUUGUUGUACGUAAAAAAGAGUCCUUGGUGAUUUCCAUGAUAGAACAUAAAAUGAUGAGAAAGUGUAUCGUAUCAUGGAAACAAUAUGUUGCAAGAAAACUAGAAAUGAAAAGUCAUAUUGAAAUGGCAAAAGAACUCCAUAAAAAAUUUUUACUACGUGAAGGGUUGAAAGAAAUUUUAAGAAAUUCUCUUCACAGUAUUGAUGAUGAAUAUGAUAUGCAAUUGGAAAACGUAUUAACGAGAUCAUUUACAAAUUUCGAAAUUCUGAAAGAAUACUUUGAUAGGUGGUACUUUUUAAUUUAUUUAAAGAAUCAAUCUAAAUCUUCAUGUCAAAUUAUAAACGAUACUUCUCACCUCUUCCAUCCCCAAAUUUUGAGUAACAAUGUAUUCGAUAAUCUUGAAAAUAGCUGUUUAAUUUUACCAGAGUAUAUGAAGAAAAAAGUUACAAUUAAAUAUACAAAAUAAAUGUAUAUUUAAUUGUCACGUUUUCAUAAAAGAAAUUCAAUUUAUGUAUAUAAAUAGCAACAAACGACUUGUAC